CGCUUCGGAGCGGAGUGCGCGGGGGGAAUGUAGACAGCAUCUGUCAUGGCCGACGUUCAGUGCGAAUGUAGUCACGGUUGGAUUGUGUCGGCGUACGGUGGCGCGCGACAGUGCGUUGUCGUCCUUCACUGAGAGGUGGGUGAAGUUGACAGGAGUGUGAGCAUGGAUCGCGAUAAUAAUGGGCAGACAGACUGGUACGGAUGCAAAGAUAGACGCUGUCACUAGCGAGCUCGCGGUGCUCGCCGUGCUGGAGAAGAAGGAGGUAGAGGAGGAGGAGGUCCGCGACGAGACGACGACGACGAUGAUGGAGUCGCGGCAUCCGCGCAGGGCUCGCCUGCGUAGCGUCGUCGGGGUAUGUUUGUUCCUCGCGCUAACCGGAAUCGUUUACUUGGGCUACUUUUGUCCGGAUCACGUGUGCGCUCUAACCAACCGCGAGAUCAAAGAGUCCGUCAGGGUAUCUGAGAGCUUGUCUGCUGCUGCCGGCUCUCUUGCCGGUUCCGCCGCUCUGUCUUCCGUGUCCGUCGAAUUCGACAAGAACGGCCUGCUCUCGGUGCAUCCCGCCUUCAAGUUGCAGAGCAUCCAGGGUAGCCUGGGCUAUGAUGAUGUCUUCGCCAACGACACCUUCCAGUUUGAUAUCAACGCUCACGAUGUCAUGGUUUUUUUGCAUAUACAAAAAACUGGUGGGACACUAUUUGGGAAACAUCUAGUACGAGAUCUAGAUCUGCAGAGACCAUGUUCAUGUCAACGACGACGCAAACGUUGCUUCUGUUUCCGUCCAAAUCGUAACGAAAACUGGUUGUUCUCACGAUAUUCCACCGGCUGGAAGUGCGGUCUACACGCAGAUUGGACCGAACUCACGGGUUGCGUAGAUACCGAGCUCAAUAAGAUUGAAGCGGAAGGCAUUAAACGCCGUUACUUUUACAUAACUAUUAUAAGAGAUCCCGUAGCGAGGUAUCUCUCCGAAUUUAGACAUGUCCAAAGAGGCGCUACGUGGAGAGGUGCUCGUCAUUGGUGCGGAGGUACUCAAGCAAAUAUACCCCAAUGUUACAAUGGUCCCAGUUGGCAAGGCGUCACCUUAGAACAGUUUAUGGCGUGUCCCUACAAUUUGGCGAGUAAUCGUCAAACCAGAAUGCUGGCAGAUCUGUCAAUAGUUGGCUGUUACAACUCCACUCUCAGUAGUGCUGAUAGAGAUCGUUUAAUGUUGGCCAGCGCUAAGCACAACUUGCAGUUCAUGCCAUUCUUCAUGUUGACUGAAUAUCAGAAGGUUGGGCAGUAUUCUUUCGAAGAAACAUUUGGAAUGCGAUUUGCGGUGGCUUUUGAGCAGCAUAAUGCCACACUCAGUGCAGCUACCAUGGCAACUCUUAGCGCGGAGCAAUUAGACGCCGUACGUAGACUCAACAGUCUGGACCUGGAGCUCUACGAGUUUGCAAAGAAUCUCGCUUUUCAAAGAUUUAAACGGCUUAGAGAUCGUGAUCCCUAUUUCGUACAACGAUUCCAACACCUUGGUGAAUUACCAUCGAGGCAAAGUGCCACAGAAUUUAACUGGGAUUCUGUCAUUGAAGAUACUACAUAUAACGAAUAAUGUGUGAGUAAAUUAUUAAGCAAUCUUUAUCGAAGCUUUGCAUUUGACACCAAGCAAAUAGCUUUGCUCUGAAUUUAAGCAUUUCAAGAAAAUGCUUGAAACAGAGUGCUUUACAUAUAAAUCAUCACACACUUAUCUAAAAUUUACCAAAAGCACAGAAAUAUACUUGGACAAAACCAAAGAAAGCUCGGAGAACCUUGGUAUGACAAACCUAGGUACUCUAUUAGUAGCUAAAAAUGUAAAAAUUGUUACAUAUUAGUCGCAGAAAUUUUUUAUGAUUCAUGAAAUGCUCGUAAACCCUAUAAAAGUUCUUCCAUAUAUAAGUAAUCUUUGCUUAUAUAAAUAUCUUUGCUUAUAAUUAUAUAAAUAGUCGUAAAGUUGCUAAU